AUUCUAUAAGGGGUACUGAGGGGGAGGGACAAGCGGCACAAUAGGGGAAAACCCCGAGAAUUCAUCUCCAGAAAGCGAAGAGCUGGUCCACGGAUUGCGAGGUGCUAAACUCAGUACUGGAGGUAACAGUGACAGGAGGCGGGAGCUCGUCGCAGCCUGGGAGAAGCAGGCUGAGGCCCUAAGGGAGGCGUGCAGCUCAGAGAAUUUGAAUUUAGAGUUUAAUUUCUCGGAACAUUCUCUCCAGGAAGAAUUUUUCAGUGUCCUGCAUAAAGCCCAAGGAAAAAAAGAGACAUGGGUCGUUCUAAUUCUAGAUCACAUUCUUCAAGAUCAAAGUCUAGAUCACAGUCUAGUUCUCGAUCAAGAUCAAGGUCACACUCUAGAAAGAAGAGAUACAGUUCUAGGUCUCGUUCCAGGACUUAUUCAAGAUCUCGUAGUAGAGAUCGUAUUUAUUCUAGAGAUUAUCGUCGAGAUUACAGAAAUAAUAGAGGAAUGAGACGACCUUACGGUUAUAGAGGAAGAGGUAGAGGGUAUUAUCAAGGAGGAGGUGGUAGAUAUCAUCGAGGUGGUUAUAGACCUGUCUGGAAUAGAAGACACUCUAGGAGUCCCAGAAGAGGUCGCUCACGUUCCAGAAGUCCAAAAAGAAGAUCUGUUUCUUCUCAAAGGUCCCGUAGCAGAUCCCGUCGAUCAUAUAGAUCCUCUCGAUCUCCAAGAUCAUCAUCUUCUCGUUCUUCAUCUCCAUAUAGCAAAUCUCCUGUCUCUAAAAGACGAGGGUCUCAGGAAAAACAAGCCAAAAAAGCUGAAGGGGAGCCCCAAGAAGAGAGUCCUUUGAAAAGUAAAUCACAGGAAGAACCGAAAGAUACGUUUGAACAUGACCCAUCUGAAUCUAUUGAUGAGUUUAAUAAAUCAUCAGCUACAUCUGGUGACAUAUGGCCUGGCCUUUCAGCUUAUGAUAACAGUCCUAGAUCUCCCCAUAGUCCUUCACCAAUUGCUACACCACCUAGUCAGAGUUCAUCUUGCUCUGAUGCACCCAUGCUCAGUACAGUUCACUCUGCAAAAAACACCCCUUCUCAGCAUUCACAUUCCAUUCAGCAUAGUCCUGAAAGAUCAGGCUCUGGUUCUGUUGGAAAUGGAUCUAGUCGAUACAGUCCUUCUCAGAAUAGUCCAAUUCAUCACAUCCCUUCACGAAGAAGCCCUGCAAAGACAAUCACACAGCAGAAUGCUCCAAGAGAUGAGGCUAGGGGACGUUCUUCAUUUUAUCCUGAUGGUGGAGAUCAGGAAACUGCAAAGACAGGGAAAUUCUUAAAAAGGUUCACAGAUGAAGAGUCUAGAGUAUUCCUGCUUGAUAGGGGUAAUACCAGGGAUAAAGACACUCCAAAGGAGAAAGGAUCAGAGAAAGGGAGGGCAGAGGGAGAGUGGGAAGAUCAGGAAGCUCUAGAUUACUUCAGUGACAAAGAGUCUGGAAAACAAAAGUUUAAUGAUUCAGAAGGGGAUGACACAGAGGAGACAGAGGAUUAUAGACAGUUCAGGAAGUCCGUUCUUGCAGAUCAGGGUAAAAAUUUUGCUACUGCAACUCACCGGAAUACGGAGGAGGAAGGAUCCAAGUACAAGUCCAAAGUUUCACUGAAAAGCAGUAGAGAAAGUGAUGGAUUUAGAGAAGAAAAAAAUUAUAAAGCUAAAGAGACUGGCUAUGUAGUGGAAAGGCCUAGCACUGCAAAAGAUAAGCACAAGGAAGAUGACAAAAACUCCGAGAGAAUAACAGUAAAGAAAGAAACUCAGUCACCUGAGCAGGUAAAAUCUGAAAAGCUCAAAGACCUCUUUGAUUAUAGUCCCCCUCUACACAAGAAUCUGGAUGCACGAGAAAAGUCUACUUUCAGAGAGGAGAGCCCACUUAGAAUCAAAAUGAUAGCUAGUGAUUCUCAUCGCCCUGAAGUCAAACUCAAAAUGGCGCCUGUUCCUCUUGAUGAUUCAAACAGACCUGCUUCCUUGACUAAAGACAGGCUACUUGCUAGUACACUUGUCCAUUCUGUCAAGAAGGAGCAAGAAUUCCGGUCCAUCUUUGACCACAUAAAGUUGCCACAGGCCAGCAAAAGCACUUCAGAGUCAUUUAUUCAGCACAUUGUGUCCUUGGUUCAUCAUGUUAAAGAGCAGUACUUCAAAUCACCUUCAAUGACGCUGAACGAGAGGUUCACUUCAUAUCAGAAAGCCACUGAAGAACAUAGCACCCGGCAAAAGAGCCCCGAGAUACACAGGAGAAUUGACAUCUCUCCAAGCGCCCUGAGGAAGCAUACUCGUUUAGCAGGGGAAGAGAGAGCUUUUAAAGAAGAAAGUCAGAAGGGAGAUAAAAAAUUAAGGUGUGAUUCUGCUGAUCUUCGGCAUGACAUUGAUCGUCGAAGAAAGGAAAGAAGUAAAGAACGGGGAGAUUCCAAGGGCUCCAGAGAAUCCAGUGGAUCAAGAAAGCAGGAAAAAACUUCAAAAGAUUACAAGGAAUACAAAUCUUACAAAGAUGACAGUAAACAUAAAAGUAGAGAACAAGAUCAUUCUAGAUCUUCAUCCUCUUCAGCAUCACCUUCUUCUCCCAGUUCUCGAGAAGAAAAGGAAAGUAAGAAGGAUAGAGAAGAGGAAUUCAAAACUCACCAUGAAAUGAAAGAAUACUCAGGCUUUGCAGGAGUUAGCCGGCCACGAGGAACUUUUUUUCGAAUUAGAGGCAGAGGAAGAGCCAGAGGAGUUUUUGCUGGGACAAAUACUGGUCCAAACAACUCAAAUACUUUUCAAAAGAGACCGAAGGAAGAGGAAUGGGAUCCAGAAUAUACCCCAAAGAGCAAGAAGUACUUCUUGCAUGACGACAGAGAUGAUGGUGUCGAUUACUGGGCCAAAAGAGGAAGAGGUCGUGGUACUUUUCAGCGUGGCAGAGGGCGCUUUAACUUCAAAAAAUCAGGUAGCAGUCCUAAAUGGACUCAUGACAAAUAUCAAGGUGAUGGAAUUGUUGAAGAUGAAGAGGAGACCAUGGAAAAUAAUGAAGAAAAGAAGGAUAGACGCAAAGAAGAAAAGGAGUAAUCUGAAGAGAGAUCGUGGCAGAGAGCAGAACUUGCACCCACCUUUUUUUUUUUUAUCUGAUUUUUGUUUUCAAAUAAGAAUGUAUGCGUUUUACUUAAACUUUACUGUUUGCAAGUAGUCUGUAGAAAUUUUGUUUUAAGUCUUCAAAUAUAUUGAAAAAUAGUAGACUGUAUGUUUAAAUCGUACUGAAAUAAAGUAGAAAAUUGUUAUGUACCACAUUUGUAACUAUCAACUUUUAAAAAAUACUUUUACUGUUUUUGUUACUUGCAUUGUAAUUCUGCUUUGUCUAUAAGAUAUGGUCAAGUACAACUCUGUGAAAGUUCUGAUUCUCUUUCCUCCCUGUUAGCUAAUGUUUAUUUUGAAGUAAACAUUAGGUCUCCAUACAGUUCCCUGAGCAGAAGUGUUUAUAUAGACUCCACUAAUUAUUUUAAUGAUAUACAUCUGUUUAACAUUUUCCUUAAUUCAAACACACUACAUUGUAGGGUGACUAAUUUUUGCAGUGUACUACAGAACAAGUUAACUCUGGUAAAUUAAGCAAGUUUAACACUUGAGUAAAUGUCUUACAAAAGAAAAGGCUUUGUCAGUAACUAAGCAAUGCAAGCUACUAAGAGUUGAAAGAAUGAGUUUUCUUUUUACUGAAAGCAAGCAGGGUUAAAAAAAAUGCUUAUUAGUUUACUGUUUGGUUUCAAAGUUCAGUGUUUCUCUUUAUUAUUUGAAAAUCUGAGUCAUGGUCUUAGGUGUUAGUUGUUUUUUGAGAGAGGAAACUGGUAUGUAGUGAUAGUGCAAAUAAAAACCAUUCCUACCAGACAUCUUAUUUUUAAAAGCUAAACCUGUUGUAAUCCUGGUGUUGGCAUGGAAGAGGAUUAACCUGCAGAAUAAUUUAAAGAGUCAACAUUAAAAGUAUACUUAUUUAUUUGAGCUUUUGGAUUAUUGAAACAUGAGGUUGUAGUCUAACCAUAUGGAAAAAUAAACAAUAUUUUAAGAACCAUGCUUUUCAAAGUCGUCAAGAGGUUUUGACAGGAAGUUUAUUUCAGUAGUGCUCUAACUUGGUUUUUAUUUUCUUUCUCCCUGUUUCAGUUGCAGUUUGUAAAUUAGCUUUUUUUUUUUUUUUUUUUUUUUUUUUUUACCAAGGGUUUUAUUAUUUCGGUAAACAACCUUUGAAAUGUGAAUUACCUCUGUGUUUAUGCUUAUAGCCCUUAAAGAAAUGAAAAUUCUGAAAUAAUAAAUUUCAGUGUUGUCUGUUUGCUUUAUGGACAUAUAGUAGUAAAAUUUCAUUUUUUAACUUAGUCGAAUUAGUUGUAUAUGUUUGCAUUAAAAGGAAAUAUUGCUUAUUAUUGCAGUGUACAAUUUUUUAAGAUUUUUAGUUUGUGCCUUUUAAAAUCCUCAUUUGAUUGGCAAUGCUUCUAGAACCCUUGUUUCAUCAAGGAACAUUACUUAGGGCUAUUGAGUAGAAAAAUGAAAACAAAACUGUAUAAGAUGUUUAUGCCCCUAUGAUCUCUAGUAUUUUAUGACUUCUGUUUUGUUUUUCUGAAAUUCUUAGAGCAGAGGAUGAUUAUCAAAGCAAGUAUGUAUCACAUUAAUCAGGAAAAACUCUAGUAGUCUUAACAGUGCUUAUAUGCUAUAGCUGUGGUUUUGAUCCUACAACUCAAGAGUUUUCAUGACCAUUUUAUUUUACUACAACUAAUUUAGCUUUUAUUUUAACUGUUACUUGUUUCAGUAUUGAAUCUGUGUGCAUGGCUAAAUGUGCAGUUUUGCUUUUUUACUUAAUAGGAAAAAGGGAAUUUGCUGAGAAAUUAUUUGAUAGGGAAUUGGGAAUACAGCCAGAAUAAGUUCUAUCAGUAAGUUAUAUUUUAGAUGCAAAUACAUUGCUUUAUCCCAAAUAUAUACAUGAUUUGGUUGCUUUUAUUAAAGUUGUUAAAAGGGUAUUGUACCAGAAUGUAGUGAAAGGUUGAUUGUGAGAGUUCUGCAUUAAAAAUCCAUUGUGGAUGUUACCAUUUUCAAACAUAAAGAGUAACCUGUGUAUUUUUUAAACCAUAAUUCAACUCCACACUUUACAAUUGAAUGGUUCCUUUUGACAAUAUUUUAUUUAUAAGUGCCAGAAAGUCUUUGAUGCCUGCAUUAGCAGACUUCCGUUUACCUAGAGAAGGAAAUUAAAAUGAACCAAAGGAUCUCGUCAGAAAGGGUUAAGGAAAAUGUUUAGGAAGGCCAUGACUCAGUCUUAGCUGUGUAAACUUCCCCCCAUUAGCAAUCUUAAUACAAAGAAGCAAAGAUGCUUUUCCCAUUGCAGUCUAGGAAUUAAAUAUUUCCUUUUAUCACAGUUAAAAUCAAGUGUUGGGUAUUAAACUAUAAAUGAGAAAAUAUUGCCCAAUAAGAAUGAAUGUAGCUGGCUAAACAAUUCUAACUCAGUGUAAUGUAUAAUGCAACAGGGACCCUUGUAAAUUGUCAUAUGCCAAUAAACUGUCAUAAGUGGUAA